AUGAAGGUCUCGACGUUCCUCGUCGCCGCCGCCUCGGCCGUGUCCGCCUCUCCCGUCGACAAGCGUGCGCUCGGAGGUCUCCUCAUGUGCACCGGCGCCAACGCAACCGGCACGUGCAAGCACCAAGUCUACGAGCUCAACAAGUGCGUCCAGCUCGAGGCGCCCUUUUACCACAACACCAGCACCUUUGCCCCCGACGGCGAGUCCUUCAGCUGCUUCCCGCGCGUCACCAACUGCGGCGCCAUCUGCACGAGCCCCACGGGCUGCACCUUUGGCGCCGUCAACUUUACCUACGAGCACAAGUUUGACCUCGGCGCCAUCAAGUGGAACACGCUCAUUGCCAGCUUCGACUGCCUCCCCAAUCGAGCUUGA